AAUUGCAGUAGUGGCCGGUGUUGGCUGUGUCUGAAGAAAUGGAAACCUAGAAAGGGUAGUAACUCUUGCUCGCCGACUGAUGCGUCCCGGGCGGUCAGCUGGAGAGAGUGAGCUGACUGGCUCCGUACCUCUUGGUUUUAAAACUUCUUUGAGAGAAAACGCUCUCACCGAAAUUACUUCAGCUUCGUCAGGUAGGCUGGAGGAUGUGUAUUUUUCACUGUGCAGAAAAUAAAGCGUUCAGGGUAUUGCUUGUGACGCUUUACAAUAAAGUAUUGUGUAAUUCUAAGCGUCCAGUUAAAAUGCAGAGGUCAGUCGGCUUCCUAACUACUUCUGAUGUAGCUGUUUAUCUGCGUAUUAGGAACGCCUUUGGUAACCCGAGGAACAGUAUGUUUCGUCUCAUUGCCUACUUCUUGUUUGCUAAGCUGGACUGGUCCCGCACAGCAGAAGUUUUCAGACACUGUUACGCUCCAUCAGGAAAGAUUGCAGACCAUCAGUUUAGGAGGCAGUGCUUUAUGUGGCUACGAGAGAUUGCAAAGGAAAAACAAAGCGGUCUUCCACAAGUUACACCUUCUUCACUUACUGUUGUUGGUCCUAAAUUUAUUCACCUGGUUUAUCGGUUUGCAAGAUAUGUACUGGUUGAGGACCUGAAAAGGAACUCCGCAGGCACUGAUAUACCUUUUGCUGAAGCUGUGAAGUUGGGACCUAAGGAUGUGUACCUGGCAGAUGCAAGGUGUAGAGUUGCAUACAAUAAACUUCUGCAAAUUUUUCAAAAAGAAGCUUUUGUUAUUCAAGAAUAUGAGAAAAAAGCACAGCUUUUAAUGAAAGAAAUAGAAGAGGUGAAGUCUGAAUAUGCAGUCUUGCAGACACAGUCUCAGAAGAUGAAACAAAAUGACCAAACUAAAAAUGACAGAACUGAGAGAAUUGAAAAGGUCCGCAGUAUGUGGACACUUAUAAUGGAAAUGCUUACAUCUCUGAAAAAGGAAAAGGAAGCUGUGGAUUCUGUACUUGAAGAUUGUGCUGGUCAGUGCAUUUUAGAUGGAACUAAUGUUGCUUUCAGUGUUCCAUGGCUGUUGGCUCACAGAGUUGAAAGUGACAUACAGCAAUUGUGUACAGGAAGCGUGUAUGAAGCUGAAAAACUGAAUUUCUUAACAGUCAUUCAGUUAUUAAAUGAAGCCCUGAGGAUGUUGAGAGAUGAACAUUGUCAAUAUGAUUUAAAACAACUUCAGGCCAUUGAAGAUAGGAGUGUGCUCUGCAAUGAAGUACUACAGCGUUUGGUAGCAGUGAGGCUAGAAGCAGAGCAACAGCAUUGUAUGUCAGUGAGUGGGUCGAUUUCUAAAGAACAAGAAGGCUGGGAACAGAAGUGGAAGAGCUUUCUUGGCCUAUGUCCUUUUAAUUUAGCCUUGGCUCAGGAUCUAGAACUUCAGGAUUUUUUAGGGGCUUUGUCACCCCAUUCUUCUAAUGUUGCAGAAGAGGAUGAUAAGGAUAACAUCUUUUCUCAGUAUCGAGUAUCACUUUCAGAUGUUUUUGACUCUGUUCAUGAAGUACCUUACCAGGAAGAUGCUGAGGCAUUGGAAACUAUGACAGAUGAUUCGGAACCACCACCAGGAUGGAUCUCUUCAGUGCCUUUGGAGUUGUCAAAAGCAUCUGAAAACAGAGAUGUGGUAAUUGAAAAGAACUUGCAUAGUGAAAUGUGUGAGUGGGAAGAAAAGCCUGAGCCUCCAAAUAUCUUAAAAAAUGGAAAGGAUGAGUCAGCCAUUUCAGAAGUAUUGGAGAGUGCAGGUGAUUGUGUUCUCCUGACAGAGUCUCCUGUUAAAAAAGACCCUCUUCAGAAAGCCAGAGAUGAACUGGCAGAAGAGGUUGCAAAGUCAGUGGUAUCUGAGUCGCCUCAGAAUGGUGAAGGAAAAGGCAUGGCAUUAGAAGAUCUCAUAAGCUCACUGUCUUUUAACCCAUUUUUAGUAAGGAAAACAAUUCCCCGAACUCCAGAAAAUCUGCCUACUAAAAUUUCAAGCUCAUGGACAAAAGCUGUUGAGACUGAGGGCUCAUCAGACACAGAGCUGGCCCCAACUGAGGUAAUGCUAGAAGAAGCUCCAAUGGGUGCUAGACCUAUAAUGCAGAAGCCUGCAUACUCUAGAUUCAUGUGCUCCAUCCCUGCAUCUCCUGUACCCGACUGUGAUCCUCCCUUGUCAGACAGGAAGUCCCAAGUAAGUUCUACAGAAUUUAGACCUCAAGAGCAGAUGAGCUUAAGUCAUAUCAUUGAAUCUCCAGUUUCAGAAACAUCUGGAAAGCAAGAGAGUGAGAGAACUGAAGCACAGGAAUUAAAAUGUAUUGUUUUGAACAAAAGUGCUGUAGAAGAUUCAGAAGAAGAGACUUUUCAAUAUGUAAAUAAGAGCGUGAAUACUCCAGAUACUUGUUCAGAAAACAAUAAUGUAACAAAUGUUCUGCCUUCAGACCACUUUCAGGGUUCCUUAGUGGAUAGGAUGCUUCACUCAAAUUUAUUUCCAUUCUUAAGUUCUGUUAGUUCUGAAACUGGCUACGUGGGGAUAUUGGAUGAGACACUGCCAAAAUCUCUUGAUCUCACCGAUCUCGACAAAUCUGUAAGCUCAGAGUCUGAUUUUGAUGUAGUAGAAGGCGCAAGUGUAACAGGUGGUUCAGAAAAUAAGGAGGAUAUUCAAAAAUCAAAGCUAGAUCUACAGUCCCUCUUAAACGUGCAUAAAGAGCUGAAAAAGACUGCCUCUGGAAGUGAAGAGGAGCUGCAUCAAACGCAUAAUGGAGAUGAAACUGUAAGUGGUAGAUCAGACCGAAGUCUUGCACCAGAAAAAAGAGGAAGAGAUGGAUUGUGCAGUCCUCUAGAACUCUUCAAACUGGAUGAAGAAUUUACCAAGACAUCAUCGCCAAGGCCUCUUGAUGAAAGAAAAUACUCCCUGUUGCUGGCAUCAUGUCAACAUCUACAGGAGAUGGCAUCAAGGAUACAUGAAAUCCCAUUAGACCUAAUGGAAAAAUUGAAGCAGAAAGAGGGGUCGAAUGAGAAGUCGGGCGCAGAGGAACCAUCAUCAGGAUAGAAUUUGUGCAGUAGAAGCAUAACCAUAGCAGCGCAAUUGCAGUUCACUUGGGCGUGUAGCAUCUUCUCCAGGCACUGCCUAGAUGGAGAAGUUGCACUCCUUUCUAUUUUUUGUGGAGGCUGUAUUCCAGUCUCCUUGUUUAAGAGUGUCAGUUGCCUGCUCCGGUUCUUCCAAUUUCAUGUCAUCCAUAGUGGUGUUCUAUGUACAGCCCAUCAUUUAUGUACAGAACUAUAUAUUUGUUUUUAAGCAUAUUUUUUAAAAUAGAUGUUGAGUAGAUGACUUUAAAAUAGCAGAUGUUGGAAAAACAGAGUCUCAAAUGAGAAGUAGUGAAAUCCUUGGUGUCUCUAUCUUGCCCCUAAUUCCCUGCCUCCUCCCGCCCCCAAAUUUUACUUGGUGCUCUACGUUCAUUGGGUUCUUCUCUCUCACUGAGAAUUCUGGUUGAUAUUGCCAUCAGUUCUACCUGUUGAUAGAGGCUGCUCUCUUUUUGUAGACUUCCACUGAAGUGUGUAUUUUUUUUUUUAGUGUAGAACAUUUGUGCAGUAAUAUGCCUAAAGUUGUAAAAAUUUAUGACUUGUGGUAGUGUUAAUACCACUUUAUUUUCAAAUAGUUGAUAUACGUUUCUGGCGUUGUGAUGUAAGUAACUGAUGGGGUGGGAAUGUGAAAGUUGAGGUUACAGCAGAUGAACGUCUCACUGUAAAAGUAUUGACCCCUAACCUGAUGUGUUUACAG